UUUUAUUGGCUGUUUAGAAAUUUAUCAUACUACGCUAGAUACAUGUAGUAAAAUAUAUUGAAUAUAAUUUUGAUUGAAUUUGAUAUCCCGUCGAUUUUCAUGAUUAUCCCAUAAAAUUGUCUAUCCAAAAAAUAUUUGUCGCGAAAAAACAGUUUAACAAAUUGAUUUAUCAUCCAGUCAGAUAGAGAGAAAGAGAGAGAGAGAGGGAGAAAGAGAGAGGCUGAAUGUAAUAUUUAUUUAUAACUUAUUGGCUCCACAUAAUUAAAUCAGUUUUAUUGCAGGACUUGCAUAAAAUAUUUGAAGUGAAUUAUAGCAAAUUAAAUUCCAAGUGUCAUUGAUUAGAAAAAGUGUUGUUUUUUUAAUGUUAAAAAGAAGUGAAAUUGAAUAUGAAAUGAAUUAAAAAUGAAACAUGCAUUUCAAUCGUCGAUUUUGUGCAAUGAAAGUGAGUUUCCAACAUAUCCGGGCGGUACAUCGGGCCGAUCAACAGCAAAACGUAAUUUGAAUUGGUCAUUUGUUGAUGGUAGCACACUGACAAAUCCAAUAAAUACAUUUACGUCGGAAAAUGCCCAUUGUAAACAGCUUCUCACAUUAGACCUUCCAAAUGAAAAUGAUCCGCAAACGAGUCGAUCGACGGGAUCGUCACAAUCGACAAAAAUGGCAUCAUUAAAUCCGAACAUGAACGAGCAUAAUAUCACAACAGCGCCACCACCGGUGGCAACAACAUCAUCUGGCAUUAGCAACAAUAAUAAUAAUCGUAAUUUAGGUCAACACAAUAAUAAUUUUAGAAUAGGUAGUUCACAGGCGACUGGCAGCGCAACUCAUUCCAGAAUUGGCUCGAAUAGCGAUGAAUUUUAUCUGGGAUUAUACGGAUGGCGAAAGAAAUGCCUUUACUUUCUCAUCUUAAGCCUAGCCAUAUUGAUAGUUGUUAAUUUAGCGUUAACUUUAUGGAUAUUGAAAGUUAUGGAAUUCACAACGGAUGGAAUGGGUCAAUUAAAAAUUGUACCUGGUGGAAUGCAGCUCAACGGUCAAGCGUUGUUUUUAGAUGUAUUACGAGCUUCAUCAAUCCGAUCCAAGCACGGGCUACCAAUUACGAUAGAAUCUUCAAAGAACUUUUCGAUAAAUACUCGAGAUUAUGAGGGGCGUUUGGAUAAUCGUUUAUUUUUGGGUCACGAUAAGUUGGAAGUGCUUGCACAUCAUUUCAAAGUGGUUGAUACCCAUGGUACAAUGUUGUUUGGCGUUAAUAAAAAUGAAGUAUUGAUCGGAGCGAAUGCAUUGAACGUUGAAGGCGAAGGUGGGGCUGUAUUCCGUGAAUCAAUACAAACGCCAUUGAUAAGAGCCGAACCAGGCAAAGAGCUCAAACUGGAAUCACCAACAAGAUCAUUGCUAAUCAAUGCCGGCAAAGAUAUUUUCAUAAAAUCCGGUGCCGGUAGUAUUGAUGCGAGUUGCCUUAACGAUAUUCGAAUUCAAUCAACGGACGGCAGUAUUCGAUUAGAUUCAGCUAGUAUUCUUAUGCCCAAUUUAAAGAUAGUGCAAUCGUCCAUGUCGUCUACAUCAUCGUCAGCUAUGCCAUCAAUGUAUGAUCAUCAUCAUCAAGGAGCACAACACCAACACCAGUCGCCAUCGCAACAUCAUCACAAAAUCUAUCAACUGUGCGCUUGUUCGAAUGGCAAACUAUUCUUGGCCAUGUCGCAUUCCAUCUGUGCUGGCGAUGAAUCAACUGUGUGCAGAUGAUUCGAUGCAAUUUAUAAAAAUGAAUCGUGUAAGCGAAAAAUUUAUUUAAAAUUAUACAGAACUGCCACCAUUUAAUGGAUAGCAAACCAAAGCUCUAAGCUCAUAUAUCAACAGUUCAGCGCGCAUCAAACAAGUACUUAGUACCAUAUAUAUAGCAAUCAGAAUGUAUUCAUGACAAACCAGCGAUUUUGGGGAUCAUUAGCGUAGAAAAAAUAUCAUAACUUCCAUUUUCAGAGCUGAUAUUGACACCGGAAGCGUGCGGCCACUCACUUAUUCCAUUUAUAAUUUUCAAGUGUCGCAAAUCAAUAGAAGAAAGAGCAGCGCUUACAAGAAAAGUGCCCGCACCUCUGUGAUGCCUAUGAAAGCUCUGUGCAUUUUGAAAAAAAAAAACACUUCGGUUUUCUUUCUCAUUUAAACAUGUUUUCAAUCAGACCAAACAGCCAAUUCCAUCGUUUCAAUCGAUACUUCAAAACUAAAUGUCGAACAAAAUCUUGAUUCAACUGUAAUAGACGAAAGUGUAUUAGUUAAGCAUGUAAUAAUAAUUAUCUCUCGAAAUACUGGAUUUCAGAACAGCAUGACUAAAGCCCAUAAUGCAGUAAGUAUAGAAUUGUAUGUCACAAUAUAUGCAGAGUUCACUUCAAAUGAGAUUUUUGCCAUUCUGUUACUACAUAUAUAUUUAUGCGAAGCUGCAUUGCAAGGGAUUUAACGCAUUUAUGCCUUGCAUACACACAUUCACAACCGAAUCGCUGGUAUUUAGUAAAACAAAAUGAAUGAAAAUCAGUUUAGCAUAAAUCGGUAUAGAAAUAUUAUGUAAAGUGACAUAAAUUCAGCCAGUUGCUCGAUUUCGUAUAUAUUAAAUUAAUAUUUGCAGCAAACAUUUGUGAGGCAAAAUGAAAACUGGACAAUACGCGCAUCAGCAGUUAGUGUAUAUGUAAAAUGUAGUCAGACACUGGCAUAUGACGUGCUAUUAACUGUGGAUGUGAAAUUCAUAAUAUAAUCCAAAAUCCGUUUAACAUUUGCUAUUUUUUUGUUGUUUUGCAAUUCACAUUGAGAUUUCCAAUUUUGAAACAUUUUACCAAUUCCAAUCAUAUCAAUGCGGAUAGUUUGUUCUUUGUUCAUUUCGCUACAAGAGAACACUUGUAUAGUAGUAUUGUUGUUGAUUUGACAUUUUGCAUAUUGUGUGUAUGUAUGUAUGUUGCCAACAUCAAAAUCCUUUGAACAACUUGUAAAUACACACACCAUCACCAAAAACCACAUGCAAAAUGUGUACGAAAUUAAAUCUCUUGAAGCGAAAGACAGUGAACCAGAUAGCAAGAGUGUGAGAGAUAAGGAAUUACAAACAAAACUUAUGCUUCACAUAAUUAAAUCAUCUUAACUUAUAUGAGGAUCUAGUCAGAUAUUGCAGCUGAAGUGCAUCUCAGUUCAAUGUACAUGAAUCGAGAAAAAAAAUCAUGAAUUAAAUUAACAUUUCUUCGUCUAUGGAAAAAGAGAGAGAGUAUUAAGAAAGAGAUAUGAAUGUAUGAUAUUUAGAAUUCAAUAAGUGUAGAAUGAAUUACAGAGAUUAUAAAGUUGUUAAACUUAUUUUAGAAGUAAAAUAUGAGAAAAUUCAUUCAAUUUUGUUGAAAUUGUUUUCCUUUGUGUGUCUUUUUUUCUGUUAGAAAUUCAAAUUGAUUUAUGUCUAUAGAAUGGAAAUCUAUUGAACAUUGACGGACAUAAGUUAUAAUCGUUUAGAACAUUACUCUAUGGUUUUGUGAAAGGGGUAAAUUAGUACCAAAAUACCAAAAAACCGAUGAGUGUUAAAAGAUGACAGAAGUAACCGAAAAAAUUCCAGCAAGUAUAGAAAGUACCAAAAACACCUACACAUACAGUUAGAAGACCCUAUCGAAGUCGAUUUGGAAUCUGCGGAAAUUUGUGAGAAUUUGAAGGAAUUUGCGAUUCAAAGUGUAAGUGGGAAAUCUUUAGGCACCCAGCUAUCGAAGGACUCAAUUACCUUUCUCUCAAUCUGAGAAUAGCAAAUUUCACAUUACCCGAUUAUUGCUCUUCAAAAUGUUCGAGAUAUGAAAGUUUACGCUGAAAUGAACCUUUUCCAUGCACUCCUUUGGAGUUUUCCAAUAAAAUCUUUAGCGUACCUUUACUCUCAUUUGUCAGAUAAUUUUCGGUAUUUUUUAGCCAUUUUUCCAAUAUUCUUCGGUAUUUUUGGUAUUUUAGUAGUGGUUUUUCCUCUAUUGAUGUCAAAUAUUCGACUUCAAUUGGCCAUCCAUUCUCUUCCACACAUCCAAAUUGACACCUUUGAUAAUGAACUGUCAUGAAAAAAAAUUGUCGUAGCAUUUUUAGAGAUAAAUAACCACAUUUAGAAUGAUGAAAAUGGAUGCAUAUAGGAAGAGACCUGUAAUCGUUAAUGGGAAAACAAUAAAAUAAUACAGAAAAAAACCACAUGUAAUUAAAUGUAUUUAUAAAUGACAUUUUGUAAUAACUAUUAUUGAUUUUACCAUGUAAAUCAACUACGGAUAACACAUGGCUAUAAACAAUUUCACCAAAUUACAUAUACAGAUUUAACUAAACCCAUGUCAUGAUUAUGAUUACUGUAAUUAAUAAAAAGAAACAACACAUAAAACAA